CUGUACUAUCAGACUCAGCAGUGUUAGAUCUAAACUUUGCUCUUAUAUCCCUCAUCUUCCAUAGCUAAUCUUCACUCGAAAAGAACCCUAAGAACUCUAUUCUUACUCUUCAUCUUAUCAAAGUUGAGAUCUUUUCUCCUCUUUGGUUUUCUGGGUUGUCUCUCUCUCUCUCUCUCUCUCUUUGUGGGUAAAGCUCUUGAAGGUAAUUCUAUUACAGUAUGUAAAGUGUUUUGUAAUGUAUAAUGUAGAGAUUCAAAAGGGAAUUUGAUGGUUCGGUUUGAUAAAGCAAAGAUGGAACAGACAUGGUUUGAGCCAAAACCAAGAAAAGUUCAUAGAAAUGUAUGGUUAAAGAUUCAAAAAUCAAUGGGUGUUCUUGUGGGUGGGAAUCACACUUCUUCCAGGUUUUGUACUCGUUAAAAAUCUUAUCUUUUCUGUUGGUUUGGCUUCAAUCUCUCUUGUCUUUUAUGAAAAGAUAAUCGUUUUGUUGGAAUUUGAAAUACCCAUUGCUUGAAAUCCUCUUGUUUGAUCAAAUCUUUGAUAAUUUGGUGGUCAAGUAAAAAAGAAAAUCUAUGGAUUUAAAGGCUUCGACACUUCAGAUCCUUGGUGGGUCUAUAGCCAGGCGAUUGCUUGUACGUGCAUUUAUGCUUGCCUCGGCUCUUUCUAUUUUAUCUUUGGUGCAACUGAUUAUUGGGUCUGAUCCAAUAUUGCUUGAUUCUGUAAAAUUUCAUGAAUGUGAUGUGCCUUUUACUAUUAAAAGCAAGAAUUUGUUUCAGAAUCGAUUUUUGAAACCCAUUUGGAACUCAUUUGAAUGUAAGGAAUAUGCCAAUUUGACUACUGAUGUUGUUAGAGAGCUAAUGAGCAAGCAACUACUGUUGGAUUAUAGUGCAAAAGCUCUCUGUGUCGGUGAAGGAUCAGCUUCUGCUGUGUAUGCAUUGCGAGAGUUAGGAUUUGUUAAUGCGUGUGGGGCUCAUAGACACCCCUUUUUCUCGCUUAAGCAUAGAAAGUUCGUAUACGAGCUUCAAUAUGCAGACAAUUUCUUUGAUUUUGUGUUCUCUAGGGACCUUGAUGAAGUUUCGGUCCCUGCUAUUCUUGUUCUCGAGAUAGAGCGUGUUCUCAAGCCCGGUGGAAUUGGGGCAAUGCUUGUGGGUGUUAAUGGGUUAAAUCCAAAUGGCUUAAUUAGGUCUGCUACACCCGUGUCUUCAUUGUUGAAAGCUUCCAAUGUUGUACAUGUUGGUUAUGUUCAGAAGUAUACUUUGGUUGUUUUCCAGAAAAGGAUUGAAGAAGUUGGUUACUUUGAGCGAUUUGUCCUGCCAGCCGAUUGUCAAUCUGUUAUGAGUAACAGACCCUUUAUGGAACAAAUAGAGCCCCUUAUGGAGAAUAAAGAAAGGGGAUUUGAGAAUAAGAUUGCAUAUCUGCCCAGUUUUCUUGAUGUGGCAUCUAGGAAGACGUUGGUGUAUGUUGAAAUUGGGGCAUCGGAGCGUCUGAACUCUAGUGUUUCUAAUUGGUUCUUGCCAUCUUAUCCUGUGGAUCACAAGGCGUUCAAUGUUUAUUUUGUGGACCACAACACUACAGUCCUGCUAUCCUGUGUUAAAAAGCCUGGUGUUACCUUCAUUUACUAUCCAGGCCUAGCCGGAGAGAAGGCUAAUGCUUCAAAUUCUGAGUUUGAAGACCUGGAUCCAUCAUUAGAGGAUGAAGGGUUCGAUUUCCUCGCUUGGUUUAGAGAAACAGUAGAGCCUGCAGAUUUUGUGGUACUGAAGAUGAAAGCAGGGGAGGCAGAAUUGAAAUUCCUCACUGACUUGUUUGGAAGUGGAGCCAUAUGCUUAGUUCAUGAGCUGUUCCUUAGCUGCCCAGAUCAUGUAGAUGGCAAUGGCGUGACAAGCAAAGACUGCAUGAAUCUCUUCAAGAGUCUUAGAAGCAGUGGAGUUUAUGUCCACCAAUGGUGGGGAGAUUAAUCACCAGCUCAGUUAUGGUGAAGUACUACUGUUAUCUUGUUUGAACCGUGUCUCUAAUUAGUUUCUGAUGUUUAAGUUACUGUUGAUGUUCUUGUUUUUGUUGGUCAUAUCAAGUUUACUCAGUUUGUCGUGUAAGGAUGCAGUGAAGACAUCCAAAGUUGCCUUCUGGUUGGGGCACUUAAGUUAAAUAAGCAACCGUUUGUUUUUGAUGUUAUUGAAUAAAUUUGUUGUGUGCUUCUGUUGAA